AUGUUUUGUCUGUGCCGGCGCGUGUCUGUACAUGUCUGUGGGAGUCGGCGCGGUUAGUAUGAACGCCAUCGUCGACAUGCACAGACAUUGCUUGUUUAAAAUGAUGAAUCAAGAGAAAUUAAUUGAAUUAGUUCGGGAAUAUACAUUUCUUUAUGAUUUAAGUGAUCGCAGGUACAGUGACAAUCAACGAAAAGAUGACGCGUGGAAAGAAAUAGCAAAAAAACUUCAAGUAAGAGAUUGCGACUGCAAGAAAACAUGGGCUUUACUACGCGAUGCAUUCCGACGUGCCAUAAAAAAGCGAAAAGAAACUAAAAGUGGACAAGCUAGUGUAUCUAGGAAAAAAUGGAAAUAUGAAGACGAGAUGUCUUUUCUGUUGCCGUAUUUCAAGGAAAGACCCACUAUUGGCAAUGUUCCAGCUAACCAUACAGACAAAAAUAGUGAUGCUGAAGAAAAUUGUUCUGAUGAAGAUAAUCAAGCAAGGUCAUCUUCUCCUGAAGCUAUAAUAGCACACUCCAUUUCACCUCCAAAACGGCCAAAUAUUACCGAAGCAACUGUGACCCAGCCAUCUACCUCUAAAAAGAAGCAUUCAAUUUCAGGACCUUCACAAAACUGUGCGCCAGUGCAAAACAGGACUAAAAUUCGCAAAAAAAUAAUUUCGCGACCUAUUUCCAGUGAGACUCCUUCAAACACGCUAAUGAAAUUUAUAUUAGAAAAUAAAGCGAAGACCAAUGACAUUCAGCAAUUUUUUGAUAGUAUCGCUACCACAGUUCAGUCUUUCCCUCCUCGAAAUAGAGCAAUAGCAAAAGCUAAAGUAUUUAGAGUGAUAUCAGAAAUGGAGCUAGACAUUCUAGGUAGAGAUUCAAGUACUCAUUCUGAAUAUAUAGGUUCGCCUGCAUCAUAUGAAACGCAAAUACCAGAACAACGAAACGAUUUCUAUAACACACCAUCACCACAUUCGCCCUCACCUGGAUCAGUACAAUGGAACAACAUUUCUAAUGAUGAGUCAGAACUACAAGGGGUCAACAAUAUCCAAGAACCAGAAAUACGACGACAGGACAACAUACAAGAAACAACACCUGAAUACUCAUUACAACAUUAUUUUACUACAUAUGUCCCAGAAUAAAAUAAAUUUUGUUAUAUCUAUAAUAAGUUUACCUGAACCAAAUUUUGUACCAAAAUCGAAAAAAGGGUAGUUGCAAGUACUCUUAGUAACAUUUUGUAAAAUUUACAAUAAAGAUCUUACCUCAAACAAACGGCUACUUUUUCUCUAGGCGAUAAAGACUCCUUGAACUUUGUGU